AUGUCUGACUUGGAGUUUAUUCUGUGUCUUCUGGGUUUGGCUCUUCUUACAAUCCUUAACCUGUAUAGAAGAAAACAAAAUUACUCUUUGAAUCUUCCACCAGGCAACAUGGGUUGGCCUUUUCUUGGUGAAACCAUUGCUUAUUUGAAGCCAUAUACUGCUACUACAAUAGGAAAAUUCAUGGAGGAACAUAUUUCCAGAUAUGGAAAAAUCUACAAAUCCCAUUUAUUCGGUGAGCCGACGAUAAUAUCGGCCGAUGCAGGGCUGAAUAGAUUCAUUCUACAGAAUGAAGGCAAAUUGUUUGAAUGCAGUUAUCCCAGAAGCAUUGGAGGAAUUCUUGGAAAAUGGUCUAUGCUUGUUUUAGUUGGUGACAUGCAUAGAGAUAUGAGGACUAUUUCUCUCAAUUUCUUGAGCAAUGCCAGGCUCAGAACUCAUCUUCUAAAGGAAGUUGAAAAGCAUACUUUGCUGGUUUUGGAUUCCUGGAUUGAGAAUUCCACCAUCUGUGCACAGGAUGAAGCCAAAAAGUUUACAUUCAACUUGAUGGCUGAACACAUAAUGAGUUUGGAGCCUGGAAAACCAGAGACUGAACAGUUGAAAAAAGAGUACAUAACAUUCAUGAAAGGAGUGGUUUCUGCUCCUUUGAAUUUGCCUGGAACUGCAUACAGAAAGGCUCUAAAGUCUCGAUCAAUAAUCCUUAAAUUUAUCGAGCAAAAAAUGGAGGAAAGGGUGAAGAAAAAGACUGAAGAUAAUGAUCAAAAUGAAUUGCUGGGAUGGGUUCUGAAGAAUUCCAAUCUUUCAAAGGAGCAAAUUCUUGAUUUGGUGCUGAGUUUAUUAUUUGCUGGCCAUGAAACCUCAUCUGUGGCAAUAGCUUUGUGCAUUUACUUCUUGCAAGGGUGUCCCACUGCUGUUCAGCAAUUAGAAGAAGAGCAUAUAGAAGUGUCUAAAGCAAAGAGGGAAUUAGGGGAGACAGAAUUGCGCUGGGAUGAUUACAAGAAAAUGGAAUUCACACAAUGUGUCAUAAGUGAGACAUUAAGGCUUGGGAAUGUCGUGAGAUUUCUUCACAGAAAAGCAAUAAAAAAUGUAAGAUAUAAAGGCUAUGACAUUCCAUGUGGGUGGAAAGUAUUGCCAGUGAUUGCAGCCGUGCAUUUAGAUCCUGCACUUUUUGACCAACCUUGGCACUUCAAUCCAUGGAGAUGGCUGCAGAAUAAUACUCGCGGAAGUCAAAAUGCGACAACAACUAGUAAUAAUUUCAUGCCAUUUGGUGGAGGACCACGACUUUGCGCAGGGACAGAGCUGGCCAAACUGGAGAUGGCUGUAUUCAUACACUAUCUAGUCCUCAAUUUCCGUUGGGAAUUAGCCGAUACGGACGAAGCAUUAGCAUUUCCAUUUGUCGAUUUUCCCAAAGGCUUACCCAUUAGAGUCCAACGUCAUGCUUUAUAA